AUGGUUUGGGAUUUGAAAAGUAAUGGCCUAUACAGCGUCAACAUGGGUAAAGCACGCCAUCGAACUCGCCAUAUCUCAGUGAAAGUCACUGAUUUUCAUAUUACUGGACACGGAGUGAAGACCACUCAUAUUGACGGUGAACCUCUUGACCGUCCAGCAAGCAGCUUAUUCGAAAUUCGCCGCGUGCAUCAGAAAGCUCUGCAAACUGCUGAAUCGGAGCCUCUGUUGAGCCAAGCCGAAAAGCCUUCCCUGAAGAUUGGCACGGACCGUGUCGCCAAGUUUCCUCCUGGAACAGGUCUCUACGUGCAAACACAGAAGACGCUAUACAUCUGGAUGCUUCGAAUCUAG